AUGCAGGUCUUCGAGCUAGAUCUUGCCGAUGGAGGCAAAAUCUCGGGACGUUUCUCUUUUCCCGAAGUUACAAACCCGUCAGGACACACUCCGCUUAUGGUUUGUAUGCAUGGUGGUAGCUACGAUUCUGGAUACUUCGAUGUUGGUGCUCGGUAUUCUAUAUUAAAUUUCUCUAAAACAAUCGGAAUCCCAGUCAUUUCACUUGACAGGCCUGGCUACGGAGGGAGCAAGGUUGUGCCUGUAGUUGGUGAUGAUGAUGCGACUUACGCUGAGGCGCAAGGACGCUACGUUAAUGAUGUUAUCCUGCCAUCUUUGUGGGAUAGCUUCGCUAAACGAGCAGGCGCAACAGCUAUUGUAUUGAUGGCACACUCCAUCGGUGGCAUGAUGGCGACGAUUGCGGCGGGUUCUUAUUCCGGAGACGACCAAUACCCGCUUGCCGGAUUGAUUGUUUCGGGUAUUGGGUCGGAAUUGGUAGAAGAGCCCCGAGCGGCCAUGAUUCAGCUACUGGCGAAUGAGGAGAGUUUCGUCAAUUUCGAUGCUCAGUCAAAAGAUGCUAUUAUGCUGCAGUGGCCUUCCAAGAAUUUAGUCGAGGCAGAAAUAUGCCAAUACACCGCAGAGCUCAACAAACCAGUUCCGCGCGAAGAACUCUAUGAUAUCAAUACAACGUGGCUGAAACGAUGGGAGAAACACGCAGGCACAGUGACUGUGCCUGUAAUGCAUGGUUUGGGCGAGUAUGAUGGCCUUUGGAUCAGUACGAAGGAGGCAACAGCAGACUAUAAAAAGGCCUUCCCAAGGAGUCCGUCAGUGCAGAGUGAUAUCAUCUCUAUGGCGCCACACUGCAUCGAAUUGAGCUUUCAGAGCAAGGCUUGGUAUCUGAAGUGUUGCGGAUUUGCUUUUGAAUGUGUCGUUUCGUAUGGACUGAGGAAUGGAACUCCACCGAGUUAG